GCAAUAGAAGAACAACUCAGAGGUAGCAGAGAUCCAGUGCACUUGUCUGAAUAGGAUGAAGAAAUCUGAAGCAGACUAGACUCGUCUGUCGGUGCUUAACUGUACCCCUGUGAAGCAUUUACUGGAGCGGCUCCUACAGUUUAUUUUCAUACUGUGUUGGUUGACAUGGGAGACUUUCCUUCUUCAUUUCUUCAGAAAUGAGCGUUCUUUUUUGAAGGCCUUUGGCAUUAGCUCUGCACUUGGCACUCCAGGGUUGGGCUGCUCCGAAGCACCUCGCGUGUGCUCUUAGGUACCAGAUGGACAGUCAUUGCGCUAGCACUGGCAGAUGGCAGCAGCUGCCCCACGGUAACUUGAACAGACGAUUGCUGCGUUGGCCGCUCUGCAGUGAUGGCUCGUGAGCUCUUAUCCUCAGAAAACAUGAGCAACUUGCCUUCUUCUCAUUACUUCCAGUGGUCUUAUUGUUCCUGAGAAAGACAGCAAUGAAACAGUACCAGAAGUUGUAGCUACUUCUGGAUAUGCUCUUCUGCAUUUCUUCAGUGAUGCUGCCUAUAAUUUGACAGGGUUUAACAUCACAUAUAAUUUCAAUAUGUGUCCCAAUAAUUGCUCUGGCCGAGGCGAGUGCAAACUCAGUAACAGCAGCAACGCGCUUGAGUGCGAAUGUGCCAAAUACUGGAAAGGAGAAGCUUGCGAUAUUCCUUACUGCACGGAUGACUGCGGGAUGCCUGAGAGGGGGCAUUGCGACUUUAACGAUACAAAGGCAUGUUUGUGCUCUGCAGACUGGCAAGGUCCUGGCUGUUCAGUUCCUGUUCCUGCAAACCAGUCGUUUUGGACCCGGGAGGAGUACUCUCUUCCAAAACUUCCUAGAGCAUCUCACAAAACCAUAAUCCAUGACAAUAAAAUGUGGAUUGUUGGAGGCUAUGUCUUCAAUCAUUCUGACUCUCAGAAGGUUUUAGCGUAUGAUCUUAUUUCUGAAGAGUGGCUUCCACUGAACAACACCGUGAACUCGGUAGAGAUGAGAUACGGUCAUUCACUGGCGUUACAUGAGGAUGAUAUGUACAUGUAUGGUGGAAAAAUAGACGCGACGGGCAACGUGACCAGUCAGUUGUGGGUGUUCCACAUUCCCAGUCAGUCCUGGGCUCAAGUGACUCCAAAAGCCAAGGAGCAGUACGCUGUUGUUGGCCACUCGGCACACAUCGUCACCCUGGAAGAUGGUAGUGCGGUGAUGCUCGUCAUCUUUGGGCACUGUCCUCUUUACGGGUACAUCAGCAACGUCCAGGAAUACAACCUUGCCACAAAUACCUGGAACAUUUUACAGACAAGCGGAGCUUUGGUGCAAGGCGGGUAUGGUCACAGCAGCGUUUAUGAUCCAAAUACAAGAUCCAUUUAUAUCCAUGGAGGUUACAAAGCGUUCAGUGCCAACAAAUACAGGCUGGCAGAUGACUUGUACAAAUAUGAAGUUGAUAGCCGUAUGUGGACAAUUCUUAAAGACAGCAGGUUUUUUCGCUAUUUGCACACUGCUGUGAUAAUGAGUGGAACCAUGCUGGUGUUUGGAGGAAACACGCACAAUGACACCUCAAUGAGCCAUGGCGCUAAGUGCUUUUCUUCAGAUUUUAUGGCAUAUGAUAUUGCUUGUGAUCAGUGGUCUGUGCUUCCUCGUCCUCAUCUCCAUCAUGACGUGAACAGGUUUGGACAUUCUGCUGUGCUGUACAACAGCACCAUGUACGUAUUCGGAGGCUUCAAUAGCCUCCUCCUGAGCGACAUACUGAAGUAUACGCCGGAGAGAUGUGAAGCUUUUGAGAACGAAACGGCUUGCUUGCGAGUGGGUCCCGGAGUCCGGUGCGUGUGGAAUGCCACCUCUCCCCGGUGUGUCCCCUGGGAGAUGGCAACGAUAGAGCAGCAGCAGAAGGUCUUUGAAGACUGUCCUCCCAAGUCAGUUGUAGACAAUGAAAAAUGUGAUCAGAUUACAGACUGCUAUAGCUGUACAGCAAAUACAAACAACUGCCAAUGGUGCACUGACCAGUGUAUCUCAAUGCAGAACAACUGCACAGAAGACCAGGCUCCUAUUACAGUAUAUGAUAAUUGUCCUAAGGAUAACCCUGCGUAUUAUUGCAACAAAAAGACAAGUUGUAAAAGCUGUGCCAUGGAUCAAAACUGUCAGUGGGAACCUAGGAAUCAGGAGUGCAUUGCUUUACCGGAAAAUAUCUGUGGAACAAACUGGCAUUUGGUUGGCAACUCAUGCUUGAAAAUCACUAACACAAAGGAGAACUAUGAUCACGCCAAACUGUCCUGCAGAUCCAACGGUGCUUUUCUGGCUUCUCUUACAACCCCCAAAAAGGUAGAAUUUGUUCUAAAGGAACUGCAGAAGAUGCAGUCUUCGCCCAAAACUGUGACCCCGUGGGUUGGGCUGAGAAAAAUCAACGUCUCGUAUUGGUGCUGGGAAGACAUGUCGCCCUUCCCAAACACCCUGCUCCAGUGGCUGCCUGACGAACCGAGCGACGCUGGCUUUUGCGGGUAUUUGGCUGAGCCUUUCCAGCAGGGCCUGAAGGCGGCGACGUGCAUCAACGAAGUUAACGGCAGCGUCUGUGAGAGGCCAGCGAACCACAGCGCCAAGCAGUGCCGCACGCCCUGCGCCCUGCGGACGCUGUGCGGCGAGUGCACCAGCGGCAGCUCCGAGUGCAUGUGGUGCAGCAACAUGAAGCAGUGCGUGGACUCCAACGCCUACGUGGCCUCCUUCCCCUACGGGCAGUGCAUGGAGUGGUACACCAUGAGCAGCUGUCCGCCUGAAAACUGUUCAGGCUACUGCACGUGUGGUCACUGUUUGGAACAGCCUGGCUGUGGAUGGUGUACGGAUCCGAGCAACACUGGAAAGGGGAAAUGUAUAGAGGGCUCCUACAGAGGUCCGGUAAAGAUGCCAACCCCGUCCGCAACAGGGAAACACAGCUUGGAACCUGUCCUAAAUGUCAGCCUGUGUCCCGUGGAGACUAAAUAUAAUUGGUCCUUUAUUCAGUGUCCAGCCUGUCAGUGCAAUGGGCACAGUAAGUGUGUAAAUGAAAGCAUCUGUGAAAAGUGUGAAAAUCUAACAACUGGCAAGCACUGUGAAACUUGUAUUUCUGGCUACUAUGGUGAUCCUACUAACGGAGGAACGUGUCAGCCUUGCACGUGCAACGGCCAUGCCUCCGUCUGCAACACAAAUACGGGGAAAUGUUUCUGCACUACCAAGGGAAUAAAAGGAGACGAGUGUCAACUGUGUGAAGUUGAAAAUAGAUAUCAGGGAAAUCCACUUAAAGGAACGUGUUACUAUACUCUUCUCAUUGACUAUCAGUUCACCUUCAGCCUUUCUCAAGAGGAUGAUCGCUAUUACACAGCCAUCAACUUUGUAGCGACACCUGAAGAGCAAAACAGAGACCUUGACAUGUUUAUCAAUGCUUCUAAAAACUUCAACCUCAACAUUACGUGGUCAACAAGUUUUGCAGCGGGCACACAGGCUGGGGAGGAAAUUCCAGUUGUUUCAAGAACCAACAUAAAAGAAUACAAGGACAGCUUCUCCAAUGAGAAAUUUGAUUUCCGCAACAAUCCAAACAUCACUUUUUUUGUUUAUGUCAGCAAUUUCACCUGGCCUAUAAAAAUACAGAUUGCAUUCUCACAACACAGCAACUUUAUGGACCUGGUACAGUUCUUUGUGACAUUUUUCAGUUGUUUCCUGUCUUUGCUCCUGGUGGCAGCUGUGGUUUGGAAGAUUAAACAAAGUUGCUGGGCAUCACGACGAAGAGAGCAACUGCUGCGUGAGAUGCAACAGAUGGCAAGUCGCCCCUUUGCCUCCAUCAACGUUGCCUUAGAAACAGAUGAGGAGCCGCCUGAUCUCAUUGGAGGAAGCAUAAAGACUGUACCAAAGCCUAUAGCGCUGGAGCCCUGCUUUGGUAACAAAGCAGCUGUCCUCUCCGUAUUUGUUCGGUUGCCCCGGGGACUUGGGGGUAUACCACCACCAGGACAGUCAGGUCUUGCAGUGGCCAGUGCACUGGUGGACAUUUCACAACAGAUGCCAAUUGCCUACAAAGAGAAAUCGGGUGCAAUACGAAAUCGGAAACAGCAGCCCCCUGCACAGCCAGGAACCUGUAUUUGAUGCAUGGACAUCAGAAACUGUAUAAGGUUUUAAACAAAAUGGAAAAGUAACACCUAGGAGGAGGAGGAGGAAGAUUUUCAAGUUGUGUCACAAGAAACUAGAAGCACUCAGAGAAACACAGCUUCCUUGAACCCAACCUUUUCUCUCAUCUACGUGAUAGUUGGCUUUAUUUGACAACAGCUCCACUUAAGUUUUACUGACACAUGGCUUCAGAUUGCUCCUUUGUUUUCUUCCAGUUAAAGUAAAAUAAUUUUAUUGCAGGUCCAGUCACAGCCGAUCACCUCCAUUCAUGGUCAGUGUAAAUAGAACAGUAGUCCAAUAUGAAUGACACUCAGGUUUAUACAUGGAAAGUGCUUUGUAGUUUAUGUAUUUAUCAAACUGUACAAAAAAAAAAAAGAUGCAGUGUUUACAGGUGUCAGCUCUCAACACAUAAACACUACUAUUAAUCUUCAAAGCAUUUUCAUCCUUUGUUUUCAUUUAAUGUACAUGUUUAUUUCCACAUUAUUUAAAUGGGUCUCUCUUCCAGAUACAGUUUUUCUGUAGUCAUUAUGGUCCAGAACAUCAGGCAAGUAGAAGCUAGGAUGCUACAAAGGUUGAUGUCACGUGUUGCUCAGACCAAAUGUAAUACCCGUAGAAGUUGAAUGUUGCUUUUGAAGGACUCGGUGUUUACAUAGUCUUAACCUACUUGGAGUACACCACACACAAGUGCCUAGACUUGAACAGAUCUAGGGAGUGAGGAGACUACUACAGACAUUUCUUUUUUUACGUAAUUAUAUUCAUUUAAAAAAUAUAUGUAUGUAGUCACCCAAGGCAAUCUGUGCUCUUUGUAAUAUAUCACGUGCAGUCAGGGGAAAAUGGCAUUUUCCUGACCGAGAAAUACUCAACCGGGCGGAAAUAUCUGGAGGGAAAGUAGAACUGAGUUUCAGUAUCUCGUAAGAAAGUUCCUGGUUUCACCAGCGCUCUUAAUAGAAGCAGUUUGUGUUCCAGGCCAGAUAUCAUAUAUUUCUUCUGAGUUUCUCCGCCCAUUUGACCUCUUUCGUUCCCCUUGCCUUCAGGCCGUCCUCCUGGGUGAGGACUGAGCUGUGCCAGUGGUCAGAGGUGCUGCUCUUCAGCAAUAAGAUUAACUCCCAUCUCCUUGGCAGGUUGUAAAAAGCAACACUCCGGGUGCCAGAUCAUCUGAAGAUCAAGAAAAAAAUAACUUUAAAAAAAAAAAAAAAGGCAAGCAGAGCAGCUUCACUCUGCCACAGGUUUGAAUUUUACAUGAUGAAUUACGGAUGUUUCCCAUUCAGGUUAGACUACUGUAGGUGUUGAAAGAAGGUGGCUUGUCGAUGAGAGGAAGCGGCUUAGAAACAGCAGAAAAAGGCUCGGCCUCUCGGGGAUAUAUCACAUCCUUUCUGAAGUACUCGGACUAGUUGGAAUUAGAUUUCGAUUCUCCAGGUUGGACUUAACAGCCCAUAAGCCUAUGCAUGCCGAUGCCCAGUAUCGCUGCCGAUUCUAGAAAUGGCGCGGUUAACUAAAAGGCGGUAUGGUCCCAUGCCGUGGCCGUGCGAAGUAGUGAUGUUGAAGCUGGCAGAAAGAUGUUCUGUUAAGGUGCCAAACGAGGCAUGUAAUUGCUGCUUAAUCACAGUAAGUUCGGUUUCAUUCAGGUCACUGAGUCGUUGGUUUCUAAUGAGGACGUCUAGUAUUUAUUAAAUGGAAAAAUAGCAGAUUGAGGGGAGUGAAGGGAAGUGCUGCUGAAUCUUUUUGCCAUAUAGUACCCUUGUCCAGAACGAAACUGGAGUAACUGCAUCGUUGUUUGUGCAUGUUUCGGGGAUCCGUCACGUAUGAGCUACUCGUUCCUUCUGGUUUCGUUUUGUUUCGUUUUUAGUGUUUUGGAGAACCUUUUUGGAGCGUGGCAUUGCCACAGAGCCGUAAAUUGUCGUGCGUGUCUGCACAGCAGUGGUGCGGGGGAGCCUGCUGUUUUAAAGAUCUCGGUGGAUUAUAAUUCUGAUCCAAUGUAUCUUUUAACAAAUACAACACAACUGCAGAAAAAAAAUACUGUGAAAAACGCAUCUAUCUAUCUAUAUAUUUUUAUUGCCUGUCUGUUUCUAAAGCAGAAGCUUAUGUGCCCUCUGGGGAAGGGAAGGUGAGGGAGGGAAAGGGGCGUGAGCUCUCUCAGAACGAAGGUUUUUAGUCAAUUAAAUUUUAGACGACGCACAGAUUACCUCAGACAGAUUCAUCUCCUGAAAAUAUUUUGUAACUUCCUAUGUGUCUAGGGCUAACCUGACUAGACUGUACCAGAGAAAUAAUACUGGACUAAAAUUCCUCCCCUAUUAGUACUCUGCGUAUUUUCACUUCUGCUGCGUAGCCUCAUGUUUGGAGGUGUCAUUUCUUGCUUCUCCAAUGCUUUUGGGGAGGAAAACUGCCAAACUCAAAUUCAGAAAACUCGUGUGCUUAAGUCUCCACAUCCAGGACAGCGCCUAAGCAGGUGCUUAAAGUUUUUUUUGCUUUAGGUUUUCUUGAACAGAAACAGCUUUCUAAAUAAUAGGCCUGUAAGGGUGAUCUCUUUGUGCGUUGACAAAAAUAAAUGUUUGUUCCUCCAGGGAGCUGGAUUGUCUGAUCUCAAAGGCUUACCGCGGAGGGUGCCCAGAACUCGAGCCACAGGAGAGUUAGGCGUCAGAUAUUCAAAAGGCGAGCAGAAGCGAUCAAACUCUGAGGUGUAGCAGAACCAAAAAAUGUAAAUAGGGGAACAAGACUUAUUUAUAUAAAUAAACUAAAACGGCUCCGUUAGGAUGUAGCUCUGCUCUGCAUCUCAUCUCCAUACUGAUGCGGGGAAAAAAGAGAAGUCUCAUACAUAUCUCUGCUGCAAACAGUUUCAUCCCAGCUUCAAGGUAAAAUAUUGACAAAGGUGGGAGAGGAUGGAGGGAAGGAUUGCUGGUGGUUUGUCACCAGGCCAAUAUCAAAAGUGAAGGAUUUGUGGGUUUACUUUGCUGGAGGUGAGGGGGAAAAGAGCAACCGUAUUUCAUGGGAGAAUCUGUAAAUAAAUGGAAAAUAACACACCAAUUUUUGCACUUGUACAUAAACUAUACAGUAGUGUGCAGAACAUUGAAAGAUUUAAAGUGUAUAUAAACCAGAAAAAUAUUGAAUGUAUUUUUGAUGCAUUUUAAAUGAUGUAUGAGUUUUGUCUUAAUAACUUCUUCAUAGGAGGAGUACUAGGUAACUUUCCAGAGCUUUAAAGAAACAUCAAAUUAUAUCCCUGAUAUCUUGCAGUAUAAAGCGGGGAGGCAUAACUUGACUUUUAUGUAUUCAAAUGCGUUUCACUUAAAUGUGUAAGCAAAGUAAAAUAUGGCUCUUCCAUUUGAAAGAAAAAAAAAAAACACUUGCAAAGAGGUAAUAAAUGUACUUAAAGUAGUCAUUACUUGGGGGAUUAAGUCAGGAGUUUAAGCCUCUGUCAUUAAGAUCGAGCCAGUGAUUUCUAUUCAGAAUCAGUUUGCAAGAGUUUAUAACUGGUUGAAAUUCAGCACUCAAGGUCUCAGCCCUCAGAGCUUUUUUUUUUUUUUUCCUUUGAGAGUAGCCUUUUUAAAAAGGGGAAAAAAAAAACCCGUAAAUGUUGCAGCCCUCUUAUUCUAGAAAGCACAGUGCCAUUGCAUCUCCAAAUAGCAUGCAUUUUUGUUCAGCGUUGUCCAUAUUUUUAGCCCAGAAUUUUCUCUGGAUUGCUGUAGCCUGAGUGAUAGCAGACCCCACCGUGAUACGGGUCAGCGUGUUGGAUACGAGAAGAUUUAUGGGAUACAGCUUUGAGUUAUUGCCACUCUCUCUGGGUUUCCAAUGUGCUGUAUGGAAAAUGCCAAAAUAAAGCUUUACGUGAUGGGGUAAUGCCUGUUAUUACCAUAAAGUCAUAGUGUGUAAUGUACCAAAAUGUGGUGGUGUGGCACCAGAAAAGAAUGACAGGCUGCACAAAGCCCCUCUUGGCAGAUGCACACUUCCUUAGAGGUAGUUUUUAUACUAAAUAUUUGCUCGGAAGCAUCACUUUCUCUGCGGUAAACAUUACCAAACUACGUAGGCCACUGGGUUUAUAACGCGCUUUUUUGAAAAUGACUGCUCAGCUUGCUGGCCCUAAAUUAGCCAAAACGAGCCUGCGCCAAAACACGCGCUCGCCCCAGAGGCCGUAAUAAAUAAACCACGGCGGUUUUCCCGCGAAGCGCUGAAAAUCGAGCGAUGCAAAGAUCGGGCUGAUUCGCGGGUCCUUCGCCGGCCCGAAUGUUAGGGCUUGCUUUGCUUUUCUGCCAAAGUUAGGACAGAGUUAGGGACAGAGGCUCAUCUCUGGGGCACGCCGCUCGCCCCGAGCCUGCAAAACCCGCUCCCUGCCAACGGGGAUUUGCCGGCGCUGAGCUACCGAGAGCAAAACCGGACCCUGCGUCCCGGGAGGGACUCUGAAACUGGUCCGCCGAGCUUAAAACUGAGCUGUGGCUGUCUCGUCCUGUCGCUCUCUUUUCUUUUUAUCUUCCUUUGCAAAUACGAUGGGGACGUUCGGGGAGGGCAGGAGGGUUAUGGAGGACUUUGGGGUUUUUUUUUUUUUUUUUUACUCUUUUUUGGAGCCUCCUGAGCUAUAAGCUGCGAGAGCAGGUUUUAGGAAGCAACGUUCAUGUUGGAAACGCCACCUUUGUGUCCGCUCGGAGAUGCACGCAGGAGCUUUCGGGGACGUGGGAGCCAAAGGGAAGGGAGGGAGAGAUGUAGGUUUCCAAUUUUCGGGCAUGCUGUUGGUGAUUUUAGUCAAAUUCAUGCUUUUCUGUUGAUAGAUGCUUCAAUGAGUUAAGUUUCUCACGUGCUAGUAAUACUACAAUAGUAUGUGUAUGCUGUUUUUUUUUUUCCUCUGCUUCUUCAUUGGGACAGAUUUUGUUCAGUUUAUUAUGUCAUUCUAACACUAUACAUGAGCUGUUUUUCAUGCGUCUUCCAGGUACUAUAGUUCUUUAGACAUUUCCUCUACAUUUGUCAUUGACUUCACAAACCUCAACAGAAGAAAGGAGGAAAAAAAAAAAUUAUUCGUGGAGGAGUGUAACAUAUGUUGGUCCAUUUUUUUAAAAAAUAAAAACAACAAAAAAAACAGGUUUUAUAUUACUCUGAAAUUUGUGCACAAUAGAUGUUCUUUACACUAGGAUCCUUGAAUUAAUUGUAUUCUGAAUAUUUUUUUUUUGUUCUGUAAUUAUUUACAAUUCUUAUCUGUGUUCAGACUUGAGCUUAGUUUGUUAAUAUGUAUAAUUUAGCAUUUCUUGCAUUCAUAUGUAAAUACUGAGCAAGUAUUGUAAACUAUUUCAUUGCUGGGGAUUGUGGGUGUUAUACAUACACACAUUUAGACUGCAGUUUUUGGUAUAAUUUUUUGUAUUGUAAAAUAACAGCUAAUUUAAAGCAGGAACGAGAAAAUUAUUGGGAGGUCUGUGCAUUUUAAAUACAAAUGUGAAGUACAUGUAUAUAAAUAAAAAUAAAUAAUGCAAA